UGAUGCGCGCAGUCACGGAAUCGAAAGGAGGAGCGCGUUCCCGUGAAAGCUCGGCGAUGUUUUAGAUGUCAUCCUGCACUUUGAUUAACAAAGCUAUAAUCUGCGCCGUCGGACCGGUGUAUUUUUAGAUAACAAUUGUACAUACUAAGUGGAUUUUACUUACGAUGGUUCUGAAAACAAGAUACCGUUACUUUUUUUUGCAUUGAGAAGCGGAGAAAUGGGUUCCGGUGACGGAUUGCUUUUUCAGUCAGGAAAUUCACUAUGUUCAAGUAUCAUAUAACUUUGUGCUGUUGGCCAUGAAGACACGAUCACAUGGAAUAUCGUAACUCUGGGUCUCCGUUUACUAACGUGAUACACCUUUAUAACUUCCUUUGCCAGAGAAAAGCGGGUGUGUCUCACUUUUGUUGAGUUUUACCUUGCCGAAACACGCAUUAGACUUUGCCACGGAAAGAACAGACGGACCUCGAACUUCUUACGGGCUUGCCGUCUAUCAGAUUAAAUAAGAAGGAUUUGUCUUGCAAUGGGGGGCUAUAUGCCCAAGACUGAUAUUUUGUUACUACGUUCAUAUUGCGUGGUCAGCGUUGAUUGUAUCCACUUAUCAAUUCGGUAGAAUGCAUUGGCUACUCCAACCCGAGAUUGUUGCUCUGGAGCUAACAGCUGAACUGGCGACUUAUUUGUUGUCCGUUCUGUAACAUGAGAUAGACUCGUACCUUCAUUUGUCUGCUCUUCAAAAUAUCACAUUGUUGCGCGAUUGAAGACAACGAGCGCCAGUUUGCCAUUAAAACUUGGACAAAAUAGCAGACCAUUAGCGCCAAGAACUUGAGCAGACCGAUGGGGGGAAAUCUGCAAAGUUAGCAGGAAAAGAAGCCAUCAAAAUCACGGAAAUCGCUUCGUUCCCUUUCCUCCAGUGAACUGUUACAGAUGGAUUUCAUGAAAGCAACAUGAUGACUGCUGCAUUUUUGUCCUAGGUAAACUUGUAUAGAUCUAACUCUGCUCAUAGGCCUAUAUGUUUAUGCAACAUUAGAGCUUUUGUUUACUUUUUGCAUUCCUGGCAGUAGUUAUGAUAGGCCUACAAUGAAAUACCAACGGACAUCUCCCUUUAUGGAAAAAAAAUGGGGAUGAAGACAGGCUUGGAUUUGUUUGUUCUUUGAGCUCAAAAUACAAUGUAUCGAACUUUUGAUCCAUUCACAUAUAAAACAGUUACUCUGAUGUGACAAAUACGUACAUGUAGGCUAAGCCGACCAACAAGACACCUAGCCUAUGUAGCUACAGCGUAUUAAAUAUCAAAAUCAGUGGUUUUGAUUGUGCGCAAAUUUUGGAUGACGGCCCGAGGGGCUCGUAAGCCCCAGCCAUGGCACACGGGACAGUAGACCUAACGCUUCAUUUUUCGCCCGGGGAAUUCUAAAAUAUGCCAUGGGACUCUCAAGGGUGUAAGAAGUCCUGAAUCACUGACGCUUGCCCGUUGAACUACCUGUCAGACGAACUCUUUGUAUCUGCAGUCAUUGGAACGGAGGAGGGUUGUACGCGAGACCACGUCCUUUUCCAAAGGAACCAUCCAAGGUGUUUACACUGAUGAGGAAAGAGGCAGAGAGAGAGAGAGAGAGAGAGUGGCAGAGAGUAAAACACUGAAAGGUGUAAAUGCGUACUGGCCUGGUUUCGUGCACACUCCCUACUCUGACACCGCCUGAGGAAUGACCCAAUGACCACGGCAGGGGAUCAAAGAGGGGAGAGGGAGGGAGAGGAACGUGGACGUGCCUGGAAUUCCUGAUGGUGAUUAUUAGCCAGGUGUUGCAACAGUGUCUAGCCACACUCCAGACUGUCCUCACACAAAUAAAUGCUGAUUCAUGCUCGCCUCUGUCCAUCAUGUGCCUGCUGGACUGUCCAUCGCCAUACUUUGUGUCCAUUCGCCCCCCCCCCCCAUCUGUAUCCAUGAGGUCUGUGUUUACUUACAUAAGAAUGUGACCCCUAAGGUUAAUCAUUCCACUCCUCGUCCUGACAGCCUCGUGCAGUACCCUCCCUCGCCGGACAGUGUCAGCUGUGGUGUCUGGUUUGUGUAUCCUCUCACUCUAAUCGGAUCAAUAAGCAGAGUUUAUUGAUCAGACGGACAGGAGAGGUGAACCAGAGGCAGGCCUUUCAUGGGUGGCUGGAGCUGGGGGAGUGUGUGAAGAUCCCCAGGCCUGAUCUGGAACAAGAACACACACAUCCACCGCCAAUAUGAAUGAGCGGCAGGCUCUCCACUCCAUAAUGAAGGACCUGGUGGCCCUUCAGAUGACCCGGCGGCAGCCCAGCUUCGAGGCGCCAAAGCCAAAGCCUGUCGGUCCUCCUAACAGACAGGACGACAUCAGAAUAAAGUUUGAGUAUAAUGGAGAGAGGAGGAUUCUGAUGUUCGGACGGCCUGUGCAGUUUGAGGAAGUCCAGCAGAAAGUUAAGACUGUGUUUGGUCAGCAGUUAGACCUGCACUACAUGAACAAUGAGUUGUCAAUCCCUCUCUGGAACCAAGACGACCUGGACAAAGCCAUCGACCUCCUGGACCGCAGCACAAACAUGAAGAGCAUCAAGAUCAUGCUACUCAUGCAAGAGCACAGCAAUGCAUCAUCACCUUCGCACCAUGCCGUGAGCAAGCAGGUGCGCAUCAAGGCCUCCCAGUCUACAGGAGAUGUCAGCACAGCGUACCAGUCCUCCGAGUCUAGGGGGCGCCACCCCUCCACCAGCGCGCAGAACACUGGGAGGAGCUCUCCGCCCCCCGGCUACGUUCCUGAGCGGCAGCAGCGCAUCGCCCGCCAGGGCUCCUACACCAGCAUCAACAGCGAGGGCGAGUUCAUCCCCGAGACCGGCGACCCCUGCGUGCUGGGCCCCUGGAGUAGUGCUGAGAACUCUGUCUCUGGCAGCUGUCAAUCACUCGACAGCAACUCAGACAGUCCGUCCCUUAGGAAGUCACGCAUGCACCGAGCGAAGAGUUACCCCGACAACCGCCAGGAUUUUGCAGAAGAGAACCGCGAGAAUCAUGCCUAUGACAAGGUUGGCAAGGGUGGAACAUACCCACGGAGAUACCAUGUCUCCCUGCACCACAAGGACCUCAGUGAAGGGCGGCGGACGUUUCCACGGAUCCGGCGGCCGCAGGGGAACCUGUUCACCCUGGUGCCGUCGCGGCGCUCGCUCAACGGCAGCGAGGAGAGCCUGAGCAGCUGGCAGAUGGUGGACGCCCAGGGACGCCUCCGGCCGCAGGACAGACCUGUCGCCCACAAGUCCCCUAGUGCCCCCGUCACGUGGCGGAGGGGCAAGCUGCUGGGCCAGGGGGCCUUCGGCCGGGUCUACCUCUGCUACGACGUGGACACGGGCCGGGAGCUGGCCGCCAAGCAGGUCCAGUUUGACCCAGACAGCCCGGAGACCAGCAAGGAGGUCAGUGCUCUGGAGUGUGAAAUUCAGCUGCUGAAGAAUCUGCACCACGAGCGCAUUGUCCAGUACUACGGCUGUCUGCGGGACCACAAUGAGAAGACCCUCACCAUCUUCAUGGAGUACAUGCCAGGGGGCUCGGUGAAGGACCAGCUGAAGGCGUACGGGGCGCUGACGGAGAAUGUGACCCGCAAAUACACGCGGCAGAUCCUGGAGGGCAUGUCCUACCUCCACAGCAACAUGAUCGUCCACAGAGAUAUCAAAGGUGCCAACAUCCUGCGGGACUCGGUGGGUAACGUGAAGCUGGGCGACUUCGGGGCCAGCAAGCGCCUGCAGACCAUCUGCAUGUCCAGCACAGGCAUCCGCUCCGUCACAGGCACGCCGUACUGGAUGAGCCCGGAGGUGAUCAGCGGCGAGGGAUAUGGACGCAAGGCUGACGUCUGGAGCCUGGGCUGCACUGUGGUGGAGAUGUUGACUGAGAAGCCCCCCUGGGCUGAAUACGAGGCCAUGGCGGCCAUCUUUAAGAUCGCCACACAGCCCACGAACCCCUUGCUACCGUCCCACAUCUCCACCCACACGCACGACUUUGUGCGCAGCAUCUUUGUGGAGGCCAAGAAUCGCCCCAGCGCUGAGGAGCUCCUCAGACACCCUUUCUCGCAGAUCCAGUGCUGAGGGCACCUUGGCCCCACUGGCUCAUCUACCCGCUUCCCAGGCUUUUGGGGCCUACAGCAGCAUCCCUCCAGAUGGACAACAUAUUUACAUGAGCAGUCAAAGUGCUCCUCCAGGUCAGCUAAAUCCACAGCACUACCAAAUGUUCAACAGGUCACCUGAUUUCCACAAUCCUUCCGAGUCACAAGAUGUUUGCCUUAUUCAGUUGCGUAUGUUAUGUAAUUCCAGUUCUCCGAACAGCAGGUGGCGCCACAGGGUGUGCUACCACUUUUAUGUCCAACCUACAGGGAGAUGAACAAGCCAAUUGUGUUGCCAUGUCCAGGGAGCUUAUUGCUCCUAUGUUAUCAAAGGAGUAAUUGACUGACACAGACACACAUGUACACACAUGUAUACAUAAACACACACACACACACACACACACACACACACACACACACACACACACAUACACAUACACACACACAGAAACACUCACAUACACACACAUACACAUUGAGGUUUCAUUUUUCAUGCUCGACACCGGGUUGUUCACGUAUACGGAAGCAUUGCAUGCAUGCUUGCUGAAAUGAGCUGACUGUUACAGAACUGAACGGGUACCAAAAAGUUAAAGCCUCUCCCUCUCCCUCUCAUAUGUUGUGCCAAAGUGACCAGUUGUCCUAUACACACCUCACACAGGCACGGGGGUCAUAACAUGACCGAUAUGAUUGAUGUUUUUUUUAUUUUGCUUUUCAUUCCGUCCAGCCGGUUUAAAUUAUUUAAAUGUCUUUACAAUUUUUUUUUGUUGUGUCAUGUUUUAUUAUGUUUUGUUUAGAUGAAUGUUUUUAGCCAAACAGAGGAACUUUUAGCCGGGUAGUUUUGAUAAGCUUUAGGUUUGCCCUCUGUUUGACCCCUGCUGCAGCUGCCUGCCUCAGCAUGUCCUUUAAAAGUAGAGUUAGGAUUCUUUAAAGGUAGGGUAAGCGAUGGUAAGCUACUUUUCUAACAUGUAACCAUUUUUGUAACAUUCAGCGAAUAUCUCCUCAUCAUUUGUUAGCUCUUCAUUCUCUGAGAACACUGUAAAAAAAACCCGGUCUUCUUCCACAGCCCUGGCUCCGUGAACUGGAAACAAAGAAAGGUGGGGCAGCAUGUCCCUCAAACAAUAACAAAACACUGUGUGGGGUUUCUCGGGGAGCACUGAAGGGAGGGGUGAGCUACCUCUCUGGUGUGUUUUGUUUGGUCUUUGGUUCAAAUACAAUGUAAGUCGCCUUAGACAAAAGUGUUUUCCAAGAAACAUAAACAUAAACACAAACGUAAACAAACACGUCAUCCAGCAUCGCUUACCCUACCUUUAACCACCCACAGUGGAAUGCUCCAGGGUUGCCAUAGAGACACAAUUGCCCAACACGGGGAAAGAUGCUCUUGCUUGCCCCAAGGCGCUGUGGUUACUAUGGUUACACACUUCAAGUGCAGUAUGUGUACUUUUCUCUGGGUGUACAUAGCCGUUGCUGAUGGCUGAUGGUAUGGCCAUAAGUGAGGACCCUUAGCUGUGCUGGGUUCAGGCCUUUGCCCUGUGGUCCAUUACAGUCACAGCACUUGCAGGGGGAAGGUAGGCAUCCAGUCCUCAACAAGAAGCUGCAGAAUAGACAGAUUCAUCUUUUUCUCAUUGAUAUGAGGUUAAACCAAAGACAAACAGCACGUGACAUGACAAUCUGGCACAGACCCUCAUGACAUUUCACAUUUAGGGCCCUAAUUUGAAUGAUGAAAAAAGUCUUAAGUCUAACUAAAGCUAAUUUAACAACUAGGCUAAAUCAAUUAGCUGAUUUACUGUAACACAGGGCUGACAACUCGCUGAUUGUGAGACUCAUUCAUUUGAUUGGCUCCACACGCUCUCACGCCAAUCCAAUGUGUGAGAGUUGGCCCUGUUAACACCAUGAGCAAGACCUUACCCUCAAACACUGAGUCUGCUCAAUGCUCCCACAUGGCACAAGACAGCUAUAGUUCAUGCAGGAGAACUUUGCUUGUUGAUAGACUUUGCACUUUGCCUGGCAUUUAAAUUUGGGCCCCAGGUGUUCAAAUGAUUUUAAUAGUCACAUCCGCUGUCCCAGCAACCUUUUCUGAAAGUGAUUGGCAGUGGCAAAGUGAACAAUGAUGAUCUCAUUGGUCUGGUUCUGUUGUGACAUAUUGUGGAAGAGGAUGAGACAUCACAGUGCUCUUCUUACUGAGUACCUUCAUAACAUAGUGGCUGACUAAGUCCAGAAUUCAGAACAGGUGAAACCUAAAGCAAGUCAGAUACAAAAGGCAGCAGCUAAGUGUCUUCAGACCUUCAAGUAGAAAUAUUCCUAUAGAAGCAUGAGGGGAAAGAAGUCACUGCUGCAAAGCCAAUAACUUGCAAUCUAUCCUUUGUUGUUGUUGUUUUAUUUUUAAUUUUAUGUGUUGCCACAGCAUGGUAAAACCUAAAGUGCCGUCAGUUUUGUUCAAAUGUAGAUAAUCUGCUACAUGCAUGUCAAAGACAAAAGUCAGUGGUCACUCUGGCCUAAAAGAGAGGUGUUAGUGCCUUAAGCUCAAUGCAGCAGUGUUUUGUUAAACCCAUUUGGAUCAUAGCACUUUUGAAAAUGAAUGUUUCAUUGCUGUUCCUUUACCAGUUGUGUUUUACUUCAGCCUUUGGGUUUUAUUAUGCUUUAAUGUGAAAUUCUUUCAUUUAUUUAUAUCUGGCCAAAGGUUUGUUAUUGUGUUUUGGCCAAAGGUUUGUUUUAUUUCUUCUUUUUUGUGUAUCAAAAAAAAAACACAAGCAUAAAUAUAUUUUUAUAUAUUUUAUAAGAUAUUGAGUCUAGACCAAUCAACAUUUGAGUAAGCUUAUGUUAGAAACAUCAGAGAUUUCUACUGUUUUUUAAAGGACAUAAAAGAAGUAGUUCCAGAUAGUAAAAGCAGCUGGUUUUGCAGAGAGAGAGAGCACAGUUUAUGUUUGUGUGUAUUUGUUUAAAGGGCUGGAUGAAGUGUCAGCUCUAAAUGGCCAAUCCUGUACCAAGGCUGGGCUUUGGCUGGCUAGUAAAUUGCAAUUGGGUCCAUGGCAGAUAAGUAGAGAAUGAUUUCCAAGUCAUGUGUGAGAGAUUGAGUGUAUGUUUGUGUGUUGCAUUGUGGUCUAUGGGAGCAUUGAGCAUGCAUGAUGAAGAGAGCAAAAAGACAGAGUGAAUGGUUUCGCACAGAUGUGGUCAAGUCAGGAGUGGAGGUCAGUUUGGGGCCUUUAUUUUCACUGUGGGAGACUUGAGAGAUUUAAAAGAUGGACGGGUUCAGCCCAGCUGCCUGGUACAGCGCAUUGGCCACAAGAGGGCGCAGCUUCACCUGGCCGUAUGACGACUUUGUUUAGCUCAGGGUUCUGGAGGUCCUCCUGCCGCAGCAAUCCGACCACAGCGCCACCUGGUGCCUUUUUUGUAUUUCAACGUUUCAUUCUUUCUUUAAUGACAUUGUUUUUUUUCCAUAUCAACUUGUUUUUGUUUUAAUUUUUUAUUUGUCUCUGUGUCUGAAUGGAAGACAGAGGACUAAACUAAAGAACUAUUUUCUUGGGAUGUUAACGACGUGUUGCUCGUGACUCGAGUGAGAUAUUAAAAGGCUGCUAGAGUGAGUGACUCAAGGCAGCUAGAAAUCAGUAUUCACAAAGUUUUGGAAGACCUUGUUUGAUAAAAAAAGAAAAUUAAAUCUUUUUUAAAGUGAACCCUGGGGUAAGCAGAAGAUUUCCAACUGAUGAAUUUCUAUAUAAAUACAUGAAUGAAUAUGUAUCACGACGGUGGACUUGCAGUGCAAAGUCCAGUGUAUCAAAGUUAUUUACAAUAAAGAAAAGCAUUAUGUUGAAAUA